AUGUCUCCCCUGUCCUUAACCAACACUCCGGGCUGGAGCUUGUGCUCUGCUCUCUGUAUCGUCAUUGUGUUGCUCCCAGAGGCCAAAGCAAACAACCUGAACACUACCACUCAGCCCAAUGGCGGGGGAACCCAGUGCGGGGAGUACACUAACCAGGUGAUGGAGGAUGGGAAGUGUCGGCUGGUGGCCACGCUGCCUCAGCUGGACGAGCAGAAGUGUCCGGAUAUGUUUCGCUGCACGGACGAGGUUUCCUACUGGCUGCACGAGAACGAGGAGAGGAAGCAGCAGAUAGUGGUGCUGAAGGAGACAAUCUCUGAGCUGCAGGAAGAGCUGAGGAACCACCGGCACCGCAUCAGAGUCCUCGAGCUGCAGAGUGAAGAGAGGAACCACUUGAAUAUCUCCCUGGAACAGCGUUUUCACGAGUUGGAGCUUCACUAUGGUGAAGCCACCACCCUGCUGCACCUACAGGGCACUCUGAUCCUAGACCUCCAGAACCAGCUCCAUAAUCUGACACUUUUGGUGGAUAAUGUAAAAAGAAGCCCCGGGUGCUUGGUCAACAUGGUCCGUCCCAACCCGCUGAUGAGUGCUCAACAAGCUCUGCACUCAGAGUAUCAGCAUGUGAGAAACUGUCCCAUAGACUGUGCUUCCAUCCACUACAAUGGAGUGAGGAGAUCAGGGCUCUACACAGUAGUACCAGCACUGUCCGGCAUACCUGUGCAGGUGUAUUGUGAUAUGGACACAGAUGGUGGUGGCUGGACUGUGAUCCAGCGGCGCGUUGACGGCUCAUUGAGCUUUGACCGCAGCUGGAGGGACUACAGGGAUGGUUUCGGUGACCUGCACUCAGAGUUCUGGCUGGGGAACAACCACAUACAUGACCUGAGCACCCAGGGAGACUACAGCCUUCGCGUUGACCUGGAGGACUGGAGCAACAGGCACAAACAUGCUAUCUACCAGAGCUUCAGUGUGGAAGAUGAAGAGCAUCAGUACCGUCUCCAUGUGUCAGGCUUCAGUGGGACAGCGCAGGACUCUUUCAGCUGGUACCACGACAAGCAGGGCUUCAGUACCCCAGACAGUGGCAACAUCUGUGCAGAGAUCUCCCACGGCGGCUGGUGGUACAACCAGUGCUUCUACGCCAAUCUUAAUGGCGUCUACUACAGGGGAGGCGUGUACACCCCUAAAGGCCGUGGGCCGCUGGGUCCUGAUGGGAUCGUUUGGUACUCCUGGAAAGACUCGGACUAUUACUCCCUACGUAAAGUCAGCAUGAUGAUCCGACCACGCUCUUUCCGAACCCGUACGUCACCAUGAGCCACCGUCACCAUCGGUUAGGAUGCAAGAACAAGGUGUAGGGAUCACAUGUGCAUCUCACUGGGACACCGUGGUGAUGAGGACAUCCAGUGAUGGGGUUUUUUUUUUGACAGAGCUCAACAAGAAGGAACUAAAUGCCACUCAUGUCAACAACGGCCUCUCUUCUGCAAUCUUUGAACCACUCUACGUGCAAAUGUAGCCGGUAUGUUCGAUAUCCUGUGGACUCAUAUUUUUGCUUCAUAUUUUUAAAAGCACUAACUUUAUAAUGUGGGACAUGGACAUUUUUCAUUUCAGUCACCAUGGAGUGAGUUCUUCCUUAUUUUCUACUUCUAUUUUGUACCUUUUAGUUUGAUACUUUGACUUACUUUAAAAAGAAAGGUACAUUUGUAUGAUGUGUUGACAGAGGAGGCAUGUGCAACUGGCAGGAAGAUCACGUGAGACUGUUUAUUGAAUGAUCUGCAUAUUUAUGAUUACUCUAUAAUCCAACUUUAUUCAUUUUGAAUUGCAGCCAACUAUGAGUUUAAUCCAUUGUGUAAACUUUUUAUUGAAAUAAAAAGGGUUUUAAUACAAUACAAUUACAAGUCAGAACAUAAGAACACUGAAUUAUAUUAGAUAUAAUAACCCUUUGAUUUGAUAAGUGCUACGUUCUCACAGUAUAGUCAGGCAGAGAAGAUA